AUGGAUAACGAUAAUAGUAAUAAUAAUAAUAAUAGCUUUGUUAGAGUUGUGUCAUUCGACACAAUGACGAAUAAGGACUUACCCGACUACUCAUAUACAUUAAGAGCAAAAUCUCCAGGCUAUAAACGAUCAAGACGUUCUCGUACAUUUAUGGUAGCGACAGAUUUAGCAAACUAUAGCGAAUAUGCUCUCAACUGGGCAAAGGAUGCUGUUUUAGAAGAUGGAGAUGAACUCAUUGUUUUACGAGUUGUUACAUUAGAAAUGAACAGAGAUGAUUUGCUACAACUUGAAGAACAAGAAUCAAAAAGGAUAUCAACAGAGAUAAUGCAAAGGAUUAUAGAUGACAGCCAUAAACAAGAUAAAAAAGUUAGUGUCGUUGUGGAAUUCGUGAUAGGAAAAGUUCAAGAGACGAUACAGCGAAUGAUUGCACUUUAUCAACCUUCAUUGCUUAUCGUUGGUACAAGAGGACUUUCAGAAUUCAAAGGCAUGUUGCUAGGUAGCAUAUCAAAAUAUUGCUUACAACAUUCACCUGUUCCAGUCACAGUGGUUCGUUCAGAAAAUCAGAUAAGGAAAUCGUCAUUUGAUUCGGUAUACAAUAAUAACGGCAGAAAGAGAAGCUCAGCCAUUUGGUAA